GUGGAAGGCAAAGCGAUGCGGGAAGCUCGGAGCUACUUACUUGUGGGGAGGGCGCUUCUGGAAGGAAGGCAGAGCGCUCUCGAAAGCAGGGUUGGUGACAUUGCCCAGAGCGGUCACGCAAAGUCGUCCCAUCCUCUUGUGGAGUAUGGGGCAGCUCUGAAAACAUCAUCCUGUACCACCAGAGGACGGACAGACAGACACUGCAGGAUGAGAGGGGCAGAUGUGCAGCCUUCCGCGCCCUCGGUAAGAGCUGAGGUGCCGGUACACUGCAUUCCUCAGGGGGACGGCUGCUUUAGGACCUCUGCAGUUGACAAGGGAAGACAUGCAAGGAAUUUGCAUAAGACAGCUGUGCAAAAUGGUGCUGGAGGAGCCUUAUUUGUGCACAGAGAUACUCCUGAGAAUAACCCAGAUACUCCGUUUGAUUUCACACCGGAAAACUAUAAGAGGAUAGAGGCCAUAGUAAAGAACUACCCAGAAGGGCAUAAAGCCGCGGCUGUGCUUCCAGUCCUGGAUCUAGCCCAGAGGCAGAAUGGAUGGCUGCCCAUAUCCGCUAUGAAUAAGGUGGCAGAAGUUUUGCAAGUACCUCCAAUGAGAGUAUAUGAAGUAGCAACCUUUUAUACGAUGUAUAACCGAAAGCCAGUUGGCAAGUACCACAUUCAGGUCUGCACCACCACACCAUGUAUGCUGCGUGACUCUGACAGCAUCCUGGAGACCCUUCAGAGAAAGCUUGGAAUAAAGGUUGGAGAGACUACAGCUGACAAGCUCUUCACUCUUACAGAAGUGGAAUGCCUGGGGGCCUGUGUAAAUGCCCCUAUGGUUCAAAUCAAUGACAACUACUAUGAGGAUCUAACACCCAACGAUAUUGAAGACAUUAUUGAUGAACUCAAAGCUGGGAAAGUUCCAAAACCUGGGCCAAGGAGUGGGCGGUUCUGCUGUGAGCCAGCUGGAGGCCUCACCUCUCUGACUGAACCACCCAAAGGACCUGGCUUUGGUGUCCAAGCAGGCCUUUAACUUAUACUCAACUCUGAAAACUGUCCCUGGAGAAAUAAAAUAGGAAGCUAUCUACGUA